AAGAGUCUCUGCAUUGAAAGUCACCGAAAUCUACAACCAUGAGGUGUCGUUUGAGAAAGUGCUGCUUCGUGAUUUCCCUGCAAGUCGGUUGCAUGAUCAGUGCUCUGAUUUUGGUAUUCUUUGAACUUCUUGGCGUUCCCCUGAGAAGCGCGGAACCCUGCUGCGAUUCCUUUGAAGGAAUCCUCGUGGUUGUAUACAGAGUUAUGGAGAUACUGCACUUCGUGGGCUGCCUGAUGCUGUUCGUGGCCUCUUUUCUAAAAGCAUCUGCUCUGGUAUUUAUUUAUCUUUUCAUAAGCUGUAUACACAUUUUGCUUUUUCCCGCUUUUUUGGUGGCCGAAAUUAUGGUUUGGAAUGCAGAUAUUAUUGAUAUAGUCCUCACCAUCAGCGGCCUGCUUUUGAGCAUUUACUUCUGGAUUGUGGCCUACGCUUUUUACCACAAGUGCAAGGAGGAGCUUGUCGAAGAUGUGAACCUAGUACCCGCUCAGCGCAAAAAAGGCUCAAUACUAUCAGGAGUUUAAUAUUCUUUAAACUGUUUUGAAGGCAGAUUUGACCAAAUUAUUAGCAAAAAUUGUUUAUAUUACUGAUGGAUUUUAAUAAAAUCUAUAUUUGAGCUCCCCGAAGUAAGAGCCCCCAGGAAAAGCUGCGGAGAUUUAGCAAAUCAUACACACAUAUAUAUAUUUUUGAAUUGAUUGUCGAAAAAAAAGA